CGCGCCCGGGCGGCAACGCGCGCACACCGCGAGUCCACACCCUUUUCCGGUCCGGGCUCCCGCGACCGCUCUCGCUGCUGCUGGUGGAUGCUGCGCCUCUCGGAGCGCAACAUGAAGGUGCUCUUCGCCGCCGCUCUCAUCGUGGGCUCCGUCGUCUUCCUUUUGCUGCCGGGACCCUCCGUGGCCAACGAUAAGAAGAAGGGACCCAAAGUCACAGUCCAGGUAUACUUUGAUCUCCAAAUUGGAGAUGAGCCUGUAGGCCGAGUGGUCUUUGGACUCUUUGGAAAGACUGUUCCGAAAACGGUGGAUAAUUUUGUUGCCUUAGCUACAGGAGAGAAAGGAUUUGGCUACAAAAACAGCAAAUUCCAUCGUGUCAUCAAGGACUUUAUGAUCCAGGGUGGAGACUUCACCAGGGGAGAUGGCACAGGAGGAAAGAGCAUCUAUGGUGAGCGCUUCCCGGAUGAGAACUUCAAGCUGAAGCACUAUGGGCCUGGAUGGGUGAGCAUGGCCAAUGCAGGCAAAGACACCAAUGGCUCCCAGUUCUUCAUAACUACCGUCAAGACGUCCUGGCUAGAUGGCAAACAUGUCGUUUUUGGCAAAGUUCUAGAGGGCAUGGAUGUGGUGAGGAAGGUGGAGAGCACCAAGACCGACAGUCGGGACAAGCCCCUGAAGGAUGUGAUCAUCGCAGACUGCGGCAAGAUCGAAGUGGAGAAGCCCUUCGCCAUUGCCAAGGAGUAGUGUCAGGGAGCUCCCCCUUCUAAGCUGCGUGUGCGCAGGUCCUGUCACGACCCUCACAGGGUUUCGUGCCACUUGGCCCCAGUGCUUCCAUCUGAGGGAGUGGACCCUCACCCUCUCACAUUCCACAGGCCUGUUUUUAUAUCACACUCGUAUCAGUGCUGAUCAAUAAAAAAAAGUGGGUUUUCUUUUUU